UCGGUAUGUAGGUGAUUCAUGCAAAAUUGAGCCUUUCAACUCCUAUAAAUAACACCCAAAAGCCUGAAGAAAUCAUCAAACAACAGAUUAAGAAGCAAAAAAAACAGAGAUUAAAAGCAAAAAAAAGGCAAUUAUGGCAGGUAUCAAGUCUCUUGGGCAGCAACAAUUUGUGAUUCUGUUGGUGGUGGCUUUGGUGCUGAGUCAGGCACAAGCACAGCCUCAAAGCUGCUCAACUCAGCUCAGCAACUUAAAUGGUUGUGCACCAUUUGUGCUGCCUGGUGCUAGUAACCCAAGCCCAGAAUGCUGUGGUGCACUUGGAGCUGUGCAACAAGAUUGCCUUUGCAGCACCCUGAGAAUUGCUUCCACUCUCCCUUCUCUUUGUCACCUUCCACCUCUCACUUGUGGUUCAAACUAGAGGAGAAGGCUGAUUUGGGGAGCACUACAAGAAAUGAAAUAAAUAAUAAUAAUAAUGCCGGAGUUUUAUCAUUUGGUUUUUGUUUUGUUUUGUCUGUGUUUUGCAUCUGAGGUCAAUGAUCUCAGAAGUCAGAUUUCAUUGAAUAAAAAGGAAGCUUUUUCUGGUC